CCAUUGCAUCGCCAAUUGCGUUUGAAAUUUCGUCCAAUGCAUCAAAAUUUGCUGCAUUCUCUGCUAUUCGUUCGUUAGUACUUGAACAUGAGACGAAAUAUAACACGAUUUAUAAGCUAGAGAACAAAUUAAAAUCAAUUGAACAUCCGGUGCGCAGUAAAAGCGAAGACGAUGCUGGUGAUUGUAAAAUCAUCGAUGCAUUAAUAAGGAAUGAGACGAAAAUAAAUGUUCCAUAUAUCGUAUCAGCAGGAAUUCAAACGCUCUUUGAUAUAAUUUCGGAAACCAAACAUCAACAUCCUGUAAUAUGUUCAAAAGCUUUGGCAUCCUUAUUCGAUAUUUUUCAAGGACACGAUCCAGAAAGUUUUAAAUCAGAGCCAGAUGCUUUAUUUCAGUCAUUAUAUGACUUAUUACUAGAUUUAGCUACUUGGAAUGGUGCCAGUCCUCAAAAAUCAUCAGACUAUAGUGAUGAGAAGAAGAAUUGGAGUGCAAUAAGUUGUUCUGUAUUACUUGCUCUAUGUGUAGCACGUGGGGACACUGGAAAAAUUAUAAAAGCAAUAACAUCAAUACUCAUGUCACCUAAUGCUGUUCUUAGUCAAUCUAUUAAACUUCCAGAGAUAUUAAUUAAACUUCAAAAGAGUGUUGAAUGUGCAGCUCUUGGUCGUCCUGAAAAACCAACAUUUUUCGAGUAUGGAAUUCCGCAAAACAGCUUAGUUGAUGAAUUUCAUAUUAAGAACAUUACUGUUGAUAAUUCAGUGUCAUCAUCAAUCGCAUCUGAUGGUAAAUUUCUUUAUAUCCUUCAUGGAAAGUCUCUUUAUAAAAUUGGAUCUGGAUAUAACAGCACCACAAAAGGUUUAAUCUACAAAAUGAAUAAAGAUUUUACCAAAGAUAAACGUGGAUGGAUUGGAUAUUGUCGAGAUAAGCUUUAUUACAAGAAAAUGUCAAAAAGAAAUGCCGAUAAUUUUGUAGUGAUUGAUCGUGAUUCUCUUACAUUCCAAAGUCCCCUUUUAAUGUCAUCGAAAGCUUUCAAAAAGGAAACAGUCAACUAUACUCUCUAUUCAGAUGGAGAAACAAUCAAUGCGAUUAGUGCUGUUAAGGAUGAUAACUUUGUUAUCAAGGAAAUUGUAUCAAGCAGUGAUUUUUCAUUCGAUUUAACUUUGAAUCUCGCAAAAAGAACUUUCCGUACUUAUGGAUAUACUCCAUUCGAGGAGGAAAUAUUGAACAAUUCACAGCUGCAAAAAAUUCAAACGUCCUUUAACUUUUUCGUCCCAGCACUGCCUGACGACUCAGAAAUCAGUGGAAUCGUAUCAGGAAAGGAAUUUGGAUUAGUCAUGACAUCUAACAAUAAAGUUUAUUACUAUGGAAAAGGUGCAAGCUUAGGCUUGAAAUCGCUCAUAAAAAGUCCUUCCUUAAAACUCAGUGAAUUAACAAUUUCAAAAGUAUCAAAAAUUAUUCAAACUUCUCUUGGCCAUGAUGGUUUGCAUACGUUACUAUUAAGUGAUGAUGGAAGUGUAUUCUUUGCUGGAACCGUAAGACGUGGAGAAGAUGGUGAGAUCUCAAAGAGACGUCUGUUAAAGCCAACAAAGCCCAAGAGAAUUUCACGACUUGACAAUCAUUUCAUAAUUCAUGUAUCAUCAAAUAAUGGAACGUCUGCAUUUGUAACAAAGACUGGAAAAAUUAUUAUGUUUGGUAAGGAUACAAGCUUUUGUGACUCUCACGGAAUAGUUCAGCAACUUCAUGAACAACAUAUUAUUAAAGUAGCACUAGGAAAGGCACAUACAGUAGCAUUAAAUUCUAAAGGUCAAAUAUUCACAUUUGGAGUCAACAACAAGGGUCAGUGUGGAAGAACCUUUACAAAUAAGGAUCGAGUUUCAAACGAUGACUAUUUCUGCAUAAAAAGUGAAAAUAAAAACUCAAAUCAAUUUUUAUGUGACAUUGAUGACCAUGAAGUUAUAGAAGAGCAAUGCAAAAUUUGUAAAAUAUGCUAUGAAUGUACUGGAUAUAACAAGAUGUGUGCAGCAGCUACAAAAAUUGCAAUGAAAAGCCGUUUACCAGGUAGCAAUUGUUUUUGUGGUCAUGGAAACUCGGGAUGUAUUAAAUGUGGUGCUUGUACGAUAUGUAUCUCAAAACAAGAAAAUGACAUUAAUAAUGAACAUGUCGUUGGCUCACCGGAUAAACAAAAACGAUUGAAAAAGGAAGUAAAAAUCAAUAUUGAUGAAUUUAAUUUCCCAAAUGAAUCAGAACGUGUAGCUCCGUUGCCUCCAGCAAAAGUAUCAAUUCCUUCAAAUAGUCCAGUAAUACAGAUAUCUUGUGGUUUACAUCAUACAGUCGUACUUACAUCAACUGGAGAGGUUUUUACAUUUGGAAGUAACCAAUAUGGGCAGUUGGGUACGGGUGACUUGCAAUCUGUCACUGGACCAGUACAAGUCAAAAUUCCAUGCAUGGCUAGUCAAGUUUCUGCUGGAAGUAAUCAUACUGUAAUUUUAUCAAACAAAGGAAUCGUGUACACAUUUGGCAACUAUCAGAAAGGUCAGUUGGGAAGACUGCCAAGUGAAACUAACAUAGUAAACUCUACUCCAGCCCAAUCUAUGACAGCUAGCAUGAAAAACGAUCCAUUUGUUAACCUUAAUGACUUUCAGUCUCUAGAAAAUACUAGUAAUAUUUUGGCACAGCGUCAAAGAUUUUUAUGGAACUGUAUUCCAGCGCCAAUAACAAAUAUUGGCCCCAAUUUUCGUAAAAAAGCUUGUUGGAUAUCGGCAAGUGGUGAUCAAACCUUUAUAAAAAUAGAUGAAUCUUUAGUCAAUGCAAAUUCAUUGACAAAAAUUAGUGUAGCUGCAGAUAGAAAUACGAUAAUAUUCAUAUCAAAUAACGAGGGUGUGCCAGGAUGUAUAACAAUAAAUAAGCAGGAUGGGAAGUGUAAGACUCAUAUAAAUAAUCAAUAUGUUUUUAAUAAUUAUUACUACGAGGGAAGUUAUGACGACGUAAGUCUUGAUCAACAAUCAGGUUCCUCAUUGAGUGAGAAAUCAUUACGUGAUUCAGGAGAUUUUCAUCAAUUUUCAUCCUCUGCAUCAUCAUCACCAUCGUCAUCAAUCACUGCAAUAAGUAAUACAAUUUUUACCAUCGAUCCACUCUACGAUGUUUUAUGGUGUUUCGAUGUGAUGAACAAAAAGAUUCUCUGCUUUAAUAUUCUCGCAAGCAAAAUUAAUGGAAGUGCAAGUGCAAUUUGUAAAUCAGAUAUGGCAUUACCAAAUAGAAAUGUUGUUAAUGUCACUCGAGUUCAUGCCUGCUUAAAUGUUUUAGCAUGUUUAGAUACACUCGCUUGUGCUCAAAAUACACUUGACUCAUGCUUUGAAUUUGACACAAAAGUACGAGGAACAGCUAAAGUUCCUCCAAUUGAACCGCCAAAGGACUGUAAAGAGACUAAGAAAAUUUGUAGAUUUGAAAAUUUCGGUGGUGGUUGGGGCUAUUUUGGACAUAGCGUUGAAGCAAUUAGAUUUAUGUGUGAUACAGAUAUACUUAUGGAUGGGAUUGGAAUGUAUGGUGGACGAGGUGAAUACACGUGUAAAAUUAAAAUUUUCGAUAUUGGUGCCGAUGGAGGUGCACUUGAAAAAGAUGGAUUAUUAAUUUUUGAAUUGGACGAUAUACCUUAUUACUGUCCGGCUAGAACAAUUCAUAACAUCACUUUCCAAAAGGCAGUGAAUAUUGUAGCAGGAAAAUGGUAUCUGCUGUGGAUAAAAGUAUCAGGUCCAUCUAGUGAUUGUGGAUCAAAUGGACAAAACAUUGUUGUUGGAGAUGAUCAAGUUGUAUUCACCUUCAAAUCAUCUAAAAAGUCUAAUAACGGAACUGACAUUAAUUCUGGUCAAAUACCUUCAAUUUUGUAUCGAGUUGUUACGCAUGAUAGGAAAAUUUCAGAUAUAACUGGCAAGAAUGAAGUUGUGUGUAAGAUUAGCAAGCAAUUUAUCAAUACGAUAUCUCCCGAGAGUUUUGAAAACCUUGUCAAGUUAUUGAGCUGGUCAUGGAGUCAAUUUAAAGUUAAAAUCAAUGAAAUGGUCGAGAAGAUAUCUUCGAACGAUGAACUUUUAUUGAAUCGUUAUGUUUACACGUGUCAAGUGUGCUUACGACUAUUAAAGAAAUACAUCAAUGAAAUCUAUCCAUCCGAAUCCUUUAAAUUUAAUGAAAAUGAAAAAGCCAUAGCAUCGCGUUCUGGUCAUCAACAAACGACAGAAGCAAUUAAAAUAAAUCCAUUACCACAAUCAUCAACCUCAAUAACUUCAGAAGUAAGCUCACAGCAUGUCAUGAGAAAGAGUAAUGUAGAAAAAAUUCAAUUGGCUGAAAGUAUUGGAAACGUUCGAGCUUUAUUGAUUCAAAUAUUGUGUGAUGAUCUAUCAAACUCGUAUGGAAGUAAAACAUCUAUAUUGAUAUUCAACAUAAUGGAAGAAUGCAAUAACACUUUUGUAAGUUGCUUCAAUGCAUUCUAUCCAACAUCAUACUUGAAAUGGGAUUGUUUGUGCGAUUUAUUGUCUCAAAUGGACAAAGGCGUUCUUCAUUCUCGUCUACUGAGUGGUGUGCUUGCUGGUCUUUGUGAUCCUACAGUUAAUUUAAAAGCAACCUUCUCCAUCAUGUCACCAUACUCUGAACAAAAGAAUAUAACUAGUCCAAGUGAUAAUUCUGGAUAUCCAAUUCUACAAACAUCCGAUAAUUAUCAUUAUCCAAUACUCGUAGAACAAAUGAUGUAUCGAAUGCAGAAGGAAAAAGCUAAUCCAAUUUAUUCGACAUGGAAUUUCAAGGAAAUUUUAACUCGAUUACUCGACAUUAUUUCACGUCCUAUAAAAUUAAAGAUUGAGGGAAUUUACAGCAAUACAAAAUUGGAUUAUCUCUCGAAUGAGUACUUACGAAAAACUAGUUGCUACAAUUUAAUAUCAAAUUGUUGCUUUCUGUUGUCUAAAAUCCUUGCUGAAAUCGUAUAUCAAAGUUGUACGGCUGAUACUGACACAACAAUAAUAUCACCUUAUGCAUUGCAAUCAACAGGUGUCCGAUUCAAAAAGUGUGAUUACAGUAAAACAUGGAAUACAGGUCAUUUUGCAAGUGAUGCAAUUUGCUUUACUGUAGAUCGUUCAGGAAUAGUAUUAGCUGGAUGUUGUGUUUAUUACGGAUCAGGCAGCUAUGAGUAUCAAUUGGAAUUAUUGCAUGACACACUCGAUUCUAAAACUCAAAUGCAACAUAAAUGGGAAACACUUGAGACAUCAUAUGGAACCUUUGAUCAAGAGAAUGUUCAUCGAAAUAUGGUUCAGUUGAAAUUUGAACGUCCUGUGCCAUUAAGGGAAAACACUUGCUAUGCUGUUCGAUUUUGUUCGCAAGGAGGUCGAACUUGUUCUGGUGAUUCAGGAUAUCCACAUGUGAGAGGUCCAUGUGGGACAAUAUUUCGCUUUUAUCCAUGUGAUUUAAGUUUUAAUGGCACGACACCUGUUCGAGGUCAGAUCCCAAGUCUACUUUAUUAUAGUGUGCCUAUAAGUUAUCAAGCAAGUAAACUGAAAAAUAAUAAGGAAAUCUUUGCUCGGGAUAUAGCUUUAGAAUUCGCCUCAGAUAUUGUCCAUAGAAGUCGUGAACUAUUGAUUCUAGCAAGAAAUGCCUUCUUAUAUGCUCUAUCAUCAUCCAGUGAUAAAAGUUCAUCAAACUCAUCAAAUACAGCACAAGCUUUUGAUUCUGAACAUAACAUCACGCCAAUUGAAGAACAUUUUGACGUUUCAUGGAUGACUGCUCCUCAACCUUCAUCGACAACAUCAACAAUAAAGCCAAGCACCUUUGUUCCGUAUUAUGCAAAUACUUCGCCUGCAGCAGCAUCAAGCACUAAAGAGAGUAACAUCAAUGCAGCAACAAAGGAUAUUACUAAGAGGAUUGAAACAUUCUCUAGAGGAUUAAUUGAAACAUUAAAGCUUGAUAAGAAAUUCGAUAGAGGUACAAUAGAUUGUGUUGAAGUUGAUAACGCGGCUGAAAUCACCCCAAAUGAUUAUUUAGAUGAAGGCAGUAGCGGAAGUUCAAAGAAAAAUCGCAAUGAUUUAAGCGAGUCACAGAUUAAUGGAAAUACAAAGAAGACAAAUCAAUUAACAAAGAGUGAUAGUGAUGAAAGUCUCGGGGAGCGUGAUAGACUUAAUGAAAUGUUUACAACGGAAGAGUCGAGUUUAUUUCAUACUUUACUUCCAUUAACUGUCGCACACAUAAGCCGUCUAAUUUGCAGUGACCCGAAAGUUUCCGUUGAAAUUCUGAAUUUAGUUAAAAUGAUUUUGCCGCACAUCUCGUCAUGGAAUCAAAUUUGCAAUAAAAGCAUCUCCUCGCCAGCUCAUCAAAGUAAUGUGGUGGAUAAGACAUUAAUGCAAAAUUAUGAGUUAUGCACAACUAGCAAUUGUUAUGCAGUCUUAGAGAGUGAUCAUCCAUACAAAGGAACAUCAAUCUACUCAUAUAAAGUAGAAUUUCCAGCAUCUGUUAAAUGGAUGUCACUUGAAUUUGACCCACAAUGUGGAACUGCGCAACCAGAAGACUGUCUAAAAGUGUUAAUUCCAACAAACCUCGAUAGUUUGUAUUCCACAAAUGUUAGCGACGAAAAGGGAAAAAUGAAAGUGCAAAAGAAGUUUUCAGCAAAUGACCGAGAAAAUCUCUCGCCAAAUGAUCAGCAGAUCUUGAUAAAGAAAUUUAAUACAGAGAGUGGAUGGUCAACAAAUGCUAUAAUAGUGCCUGGAAAUGAAAUAAUGUUGUCACUCGAGACAGCAUCAAAUUAUUUAGCAGAUCAUAAGCUUAAUCGUUAUGGCUUUAAAUGUAUUUUAAUUGGAUAUGAGAAUAUUGAUAACACAAAGACAUUUAAUAACUCGCUAAUCAAUUUAGAAUCAGAAUUUACAUAUUUGGGUGGAAUGUGUAGUGCAAAUUUAAUGCGAAAAGAUUUGAUAUUUUCAGAUGAAAAGACAGACGAUUUUUGGGCAACAGAAAAUACCUUAAAGAAACAUUCGGUGCUAUUAUCAAAAGGAUUAUCAAUACAAAAUGGGACAUUGACCAUAAACAAUAUACUGGAAUAUGACAUUUCUAUCGAUAGCGAGCAAUCACAUGAGAAGCAGUUUUUGAAAGAUUUUGUUUUUGUGGCGCCAGAUUCAGCGGGUGGAAGACUCGCAUCAUGGAUACAGCCUGAAUCACGUCUCGAUCCGAACCGUUGUGAAUUGAAAUUAUUUCAAGAUCCAAUACAGAGCGGGUGGCCAACAAAGUUUCAAAUUGAGACCCGUGAUCAAUAUGGAGAAAUUGUUUAUGUUCCGAACAUUAAAAUUCAAUUGAAAGUCGCAUUAAGUUCAAAUUUCUCGAACGAGAAGCGAUACAGUAAGAUGUGUAAGGAACAAAAUAUUCAUAUGCCUUUGGGAAAGGUUAGUUAUGAGCCCGUGAUUAAAGAGAAGGAAAAGAUAUGCUUAAAAUCAAUAACAGCAAUGAAAGCAUAUGCACAGUAUUCAUUUGAGGAACUGAGAAUGUAUACGCCGGUUCAGAAUAAGACAUCAGAUUUAAUGACAGCAAAAGACUCGGGUGAUCAAACGUAUACAGUAAUGUGGACACCAGAAACAGCUGGGAAUUAUGUCAUUAAUAUCAUAAUUGACGGCGUUCAUGUUAAUGAAAAUUACAACGUGACAGUUGUUAAUGCGAAUGUUCCUCCGCCUGUGAAAGAGCAUGCAUUAAAGAAAAUUCAACCGCAAUAUAAAUAUCGUAAAUAUUAUGCAGAAUAUACAUCUGGCCUGCGAAUCCGUUUACAUCCGACACUCCAAGCUGAUGUUAUCGGUGUCAUAAAGGUUAAUGAUGUCAUUUCGUUUAUUGAUGAGGUUGAAAACGGAGACGGAAUUUGGGUGAAGUUAUCGACAGAUUCAAUAAGAAAGUAUUGUUCAUCGACAUGGUAUCCGUCUGAAGCAUGGUGUUUAUCUUACAAUAAACAUUUCGAUAAACGACUUUUGUUUUCACUUAUUGAAUCCAACAGCGAAUCAACAAAUCCAACGGAUGACAUGAAUAAUGUAAAAUUCUUUGAUGACAGUGAAUACUAUAGCUUAGAAGAAUCAAGUGACUUACAAGUCACAAGCAGUAAUUUUGAGGAUGCAAAACUUGAUGAUGAAGAUGAAAAGCCGCCAACAUUCGAAGAUGCUAUUGUUGAGGCUAACGUAGAAAAGACUAAUCAAUCAAAUUUGACAGACGUGAUUGCUGGUGUUGUGGAAGGAGGCGCUAACAAAUUGCAAGCUUUUCAGAAAUGGUUUAAACGUGAUUCCAUUAGUGACACGACGGCUACUAUAAGGAAGAGAAUUGGAUCAAUACCAGAAGUUUAUAACAAUAAUACGCUGGAUUUAAAGAACCUUAAUACGAACAAUGUUGCUGAUAAAUUGUCAAAUGACAUAAAUAUCUUGUCUCCAGUUCAAGACAAUUUCAUUCCAACAAAUAAAAUAACGAAAAUGACAGAGAGUCAGACAUUAGCAUUCAAAAACACCAAUCCAUUCCAUUGUGAUCAGAAUGUUAAUAAGAAUAUCAAGAAUUUAGAGUACGAGGAAAUUAAUACACCAAAACAGGCAUUAUCACCAUCUGUUGCGGAAACAAUUCGUGCAAUUUUCGCUGCAUUCUUAUGGCAUGAAGGCUUAGUUCAUGAUGCAAUUGCAUGUGCAUCGUUCCUCAAAUUUCAUCCAUCAAUACCAAAGAAUAACAUUCAUGCUAUGGAUCAAACAUUCUACGAACAAAAGCAUCACGAAAGACUCACGAAGGAGGAAAAAAUUCAGCAACGACAUUCCGUUGAAAUAACCAAUACAAGUAAUUAUUUGAAUGCGCGACCUUCAACUUUAGAGGCAUUGACGAAAAGUGGCUACUGUUGUGUACAUUAUCGUAAGCAACGUGGGAAACAUAGUGACAUGAAUGCGAGUGAUGAAUUUGGAUUGCAUGGAUGUCCGCCUGCAUUAAAAUGUUUGGUAUUCGUAUGGGAUGAAUUGAAUAAAGAUUUUCAAGGUUUUGUCAGCAAGUUGACGAGCGAGAAAGAAAGCAAAGAAGUGACAAAUACAAUGCCAAAGAUGACAACAGCAAGUGCAGCAGCAAUUGUGAAUCCGAAUGAUGUCAAUGAAAUCGAGUUCCAAAAGAAUAAGUUGAAAACGAAAAAGUUUGCAGAAGAAGGAAAUACAGCUAUCGGUGCAGCUAGUGGCGGUGCUGAUAAUACAGUCUGGUGUGAAUUAUGUGAUGCUGACAUUAAUCCAGGAAAUCAACAAAAUCCAUAUCAACAGAAUGCUUUUACACAACACUUGAAAGCAAAUCAUCCAGGAUGCGGUGAAUCAGCACGUGGUAGAGGCUAUAAUUCUAACGGUGUAUAUUGCGAAGGUUGGGCUGGUCAGUGUGGUGAAGAAGGUGUCGGUGCUACUAGCUGGUAUCUAAUGUGUGAAGCAUGUCAUGAUAAAUAUUUGAUCCCGAAUAAAAAGAGUCUCAAUGUCAAUGAAGCAUUACUUGCUCGGGCUAACGAACCGAAAUUCAUUCAGCCCCCGACAGUCGUAACAGCUGUAGCAACAAACAUUAAUCCGUCAUUAACGACUACAACAUUUGGCACGAAAAAGUCUAAAAUGAAUUCAAACAUGAGCAUGGAGUUCUUUGAUACAAUGAAAGACAACGCAUUGUUUUUGUUGGACCUGAAUUCUCACAACGGUGGUCUGCUGAAUAAAUCAGCUGGAAAUAAUUUGAUGCCAUUGAAAAACAAGACGAAUGUAAGGCACAGCAGUGCAGAUUUUGUUAUUCAGCCUAAUACAAGCAACUUUAGUCAUCGUCUAUCAUCAAAUGUUGGAGCUGAUGAGAAUUUAAGAAGAGCAUCUCUACAGAAACAAGGCUCCAUUACAAAUUAUUUUACCAAGAAAUUUCCAAACAAUGGCGUUAAUGGAACAAAUGAAACUGUUCCGGAUCUUUUAUGGACACCCCCAGAAAGUAUCACAUGCCUUGAAAUGCUUAAUGCAAAACUUAGCGAAUCCGAGUCUUAUAAUGUAUUCAGUUUAGAUAAUGAAAAGAACUUUUAUGAUCCAAAUAUGAUGGCUGGUCAUCAUCAGCAAAAUAAUUCACAAGAAAAUAAUGUCAGGCAUCAUGAGAAUAAAUUUCAUCGAAGCUUCUCAAUGGUCCAAGGCUGGGGAAUCUAUUCAAUGAAUCCAAUUGAGAAAGAUACGUCAAAUCAUGAGUGCAUUGCCGGUGGAAAUCAAGUUCAUCAAAAUAAUGAGAAUCGUGUAAUCAUGAGAAGGAAGAAGGCUUGUUUAUGUGAUUCAGCAAAUGAAGCAAGUCUAUUGAACUUUCCAUCUAAGAAUCUGAAGAAAUUAGUUCCUGACCAUAUUCUUAAUCCAACACUUAAGGGAUUCAGUGAAGUGUCAUCAUCUCAUGAUAUAGAAAAAAUGGAAAGUGCAUUGGAACUGAAAAAAUUCACCGAUAAUGCAUUUUAUGACAUCGUUCAACACCAAAAUACGGAAGAGCCAACAAAGGAAUUUUCAUUUUUAAGUCGACCGACAAUCAGCUUUAUUUUCGAGAAGCAUGAUCUCGAUAAGCUUCGUUAUUUGCUGAGAAAGAAUCUGCGAAAAGCCAUAUGUAGUGUUUACGGACUUCAAGCAUUAAACUGGCUUCUGAGAACUGUCACACAAACAAUGUGUGUUCAUGACAUUAUGUGGUGGUUUAUCUCAUCAUUAGUUCAGACGAAAAAUGAUAAUGAGAAUGUGCUAAAGUUGGAAGACUCUGAUGUUAGUUACGAUCAUCCCGUUGCCAUUUCGAAUGUUGACGAUCGGAUACAAAAUAUGUUAUCGCAAAAUCUUCAUAUGCUAUUACAAAGCAUCGCCGACAUUACUCUUGCAUUACCAUCGGGCUCUGCUUUACAACGAUUGGCAAUUCAAUGCUUUGGCAUUAAAUUUCGUCCGACUGAUCAUCAAUUUCUACAUAACUCGCAUGUCUUUGGAAAUAUCUCCAAGAUUUUAUCAAAGAGUGAAGAAUUUAAUGAAGAGAAUCUGCUCUUUUCAACGGCAAUAGCCGAGACUAAUGAGAAUCAAUUGAAUGAGAGUCAUGUAAGAGCGUCCAAAGAUAAAGUCAUUGUCUAUAAUAAUGUCGACAUAACCGAUGUAUUUGAGUUUAUAAUUUCAUCACGACAAGCAAUGGUGGGAGCUUUAACUGACAAUUCCACCGAGACAUUCUGGGAGAGUGAUGAUGAAGAUCGAAAUAAGCCAAAAAUAAUUGAGAUAUCAAUGAUAAAACCUCACUAUGUUUGUAAAUCAAUCAACAUUCAUAUAGAUAAUUGCAGGGAUUUAGCACAUAAAAUAACAAGCUUCACUGUCUACAGUGGUGCAUCACUUGGCGAGCUUAAUUUAUUAGAGACGAUAGAAACAGAAUCAAAUAUUGGCACUUGGUAUUCAGUUCUUAUUAAAGAUGAAUCAAAUACACACUUUCGUAUUGAGCUGCGCGGCGUAGAAAACAAUAUUCGAAUACGUCAAAUCAAGCUGCUUGGUUAUUCAAACGAUGCUAAGGUCAAUCAAGAUGCUAUAUCCAUGAUGAAAAAACAAACGAAUGCUCAUCACAUCCAACAGAAAUAUUGUGAGCUUGAGACACUCAGAGUCUUUCGUGUUUUAACGAAUCAAGUUUUUGGUAAGUUGAUUAUUAAUCCAGAGAGGCCGUCGAGCAACCAAAACUUUGCAGCAUCGAUGGUUGAAUCUCAUAUUGAUUCACCCGGUGACUCACUUGAUUUGAGAGAGCAUAUGGUUGGCAUUUUGUUCAGUCGGAGUAAACUAACACAUUUGCAGAAGCAGAUUAUCGUUCACAUUGUGCAUUCAAUUCAGAAAGAGACACAGAAAUCGCGUGAGGAAUGGGAAUAUCACGUCAAUACAAUCAGUUCAAGUAUGACAUUUAAAAGUACAAUGAGUACGAGUGAGGCAAUUAUGCCUAAAUCAAAUGACGUUUAUUGUUUCGAAAUGUUGAGUAUGGUGUCUGCACUAUCAGGCAGUUCCGUCGGUCGAGCAUAUCUGUCACAUCAAAUUGAUUUAAUUAAAGAUUUAUUAAUUUUAUUACACACCGGAAGUGAAAGAGUUCAGCGGCAAGUUACUUUACUUUUAAGAAGAAUUUUACCCGAAAUAUCACCAGAAACCUUAUGUAGCAUCUUAGAAAUACAGUUUAAUCCACACAAAGAUAUCAAUGGCCUUUUACAGAAUCCUAAACAAUUAAAUCCACCAUUUAAUAUGGGAAUCAUUGACAUCCUUCUUGCCAUUAUUGCAAAAUCCUUGCAGAUUCAAGUAAAAUUUAAGAAUGGCUCAAAUCCGUUGAGUAAUAAAAAUCUUACAGUAAAGUUAUGCGAUUAUAUUGUGCCUGCAUCUUCACAAUCGGUUGUAACACAAAGACUCAUUCCACCGUAUCAACAUCAAAUUAGUGGUGGAACUGACAUUGCCUCAAAUAUGUCAAAUUCUUCGCGUGAUUGCGACUCAGUCGAUAAGAGUGCAAUGAGCUACAGAGAAGAUCCGAGGAAGCGAUGGUUCUUGUGUGGAACUGCAUCAACAAAAUUAGCUGAAAAUAUUAUUUGUCUCAUUAAGGAUAUGAUUAGUGGAAAAUUAUCAGAGAAAUGGUCGAACGUCACGAAGACAGCAGUUGCUGAGUGCAUUAUUAAUCUUGCACACUUGGAUGAGUUUCAUCGACAACCAGAAACUUGUUUAAAAACACCAACAAUAUGGUUGGCACUAGCAAGCUUGUGUGUCCUCAAUGAAGAUCAUGUCUUGAAGUUAUCAUCAGGACAAUGGAGUAAGACAGGCGAUAAAAGACCAUUGUGCAUUAACCAUGACGAUAGUGUAACAAAUGCAGUGAUUGAGUGUAUGGAAUGUGGAACUUUGUGCUGUGAUUGUGAUCGUUUCCUUCAUUUGAAUCGAAAGACAUGGUCACAUCACAGAACAGUUUGUAAGGAAGAAGAGGAAUCAAUCAAAGUUGAACUGCAUGAAAGUUGUGGACGAAUUAAACUCUUUUGGCUUCUGGGACUUGCUGAUAGUAAAACAUUAAAAGGAAUAAUUGAGUUUAGAGAUGGUCACAACAUCAUCAUUUGUGAUACACAAAAUGCAAUCGGUCGAUGUCGUUUUUGUGGCGUUUAUGGCAAUUCAGGUUUAUUGGCGGUUGGUAAUGUCUGCGUUGAGCAGCAAUGUCAAGAAUAUUCCGCAAAUGCAUGCUCGAAAAUUCAUGCUUGUGGUCACUUUUGUGGUGGCAUUAUAAAUGAAAACAAUUGUCUGCCAUGCCUACACCAAAAAUGUCAAUCGGCAUCAAGCUAUGAUCCAAAGAAACCAAAGUUAACACAAGACGGUGAUGAUAUGUGUAUGAUUUGUUUCACUGAAGCUUUAUCUUGCGCACCUUCAAUCCAAAUGUUAUGUGGUCAUGUGUUCCAUUAUCAUUGUUCUCGUACAAUCCUCCAAAAGCGUUGGCACGGAGCACGAAUCAGUUUCGCCUUUUCACAAUGUCCAAUCUGUAAAAAUGACAUCUAUCAUGAGUCAUUGAAAGACUUAUUGGAACCAAUAAAUGCAUUGAAAGAAGAUGUAAAAAGGAAGGCUAUUAUGAGAUUGAAAUAUGAGGGAAUCGAUAAAGAAAUGAUUGACGAUCAGAAAAACCUCGCAACAUAUGCCAUGGAACGAUAUGCUUAUUAUGUAUGCUGUAAAUGUCAAAAGGCAUAUUAUGGAGGUGAAGCACGUUGUGACGUUGAAUUGGGUGAAAAUUUCAAUCCAGAAGAGCUUGUGUGUGGCGGUUGCUCUGACAUUGCGAAAGCACAGAUGUGUCCAAAACAUGGUAUGGAUUUUUUGGAAUAUAAGUGCCGAUAUUGCUGUUCAGUUGCUGUAUUCUUUUGCUUUGGUACUACGCACUUUUGUGAUACCUGCCACGAUGAUUUCCAGCGACUUACAAACAUUCCCAAAAUGAAACUUCCAAAAUGUCCGGCUGGUCCGAAAGCAACUCAACUGAUGGGUGAGGAAUGUCCUCUUCAUAUUGUACAUCCACCAACUGGUGAGGAGUUUGCAUUAGGUUGUGGCAUUUGUCGAAAUUUUCACACUUUCUGAGCGGAAGAGUUUUCUUUGAAUUAAUUUUUGUUUUGUGCAUGUUGUGUAGGUGAUGAGAGAAAAAUGUGUUUCCUUUAAGUUUAUUUAUUUGUCUAGUCAAUGAUGAUCUCCAAAGAUGAAGUAUAAUUUCAAUGCAAUUAUUAUUUUAAAUUAGAUGAAAUAAUUAUUUUUUUGAGCAACCGUUAUAUAAAUAUUUGAAUUUUUGAAAACCUUACAAUUUCUUUUCAAUUGAAAUUGUAUGGUUUUGAGAUAAUUGAAUUCUUUCAACGUUUUUUUUUGGAAAUCAGAAAAUCCGUUUAAAUAAAAUUCAAAUUUUGUGUUUCAAAAACCUUACAAUUGUUUUGUAAAUUUGUAUGGUUUUGAUAAUUUCAAAUUUUUUCUUAACGGUUUUUGUGGCAAUUUUAAUUCUAGUCGUUUAUUUUUUGUGAUGUUCCAAACACUUAAGUUGUUAUUUAUUACUAUAAUUUAUUUAUUAAAAAAUUUAAUUGAAUGUAUUUUAUUAUAUUAAUUAGAUAAGAAUUGAUAAUUUAAAUUAAAAUAAUUCUCUCUUUGCUGUUAUAAGACUCAAUUUGAUAUUCUGAAAAUGAAAUUGAUAGCAAAAGGACUUUAACUAUUCAGACUUUAUUUGUUAAAAAACUGUUUUCCAAUAAAAGAAAAUGAUCAAUAAACAUGAAAAAGAAAAAAAAAAACUAUCGAAAAAGUAAGCAAAUGCUUUGAGAACUUCCUUCCUGUAAUUUAUUUUUCAGCAUUAUUGGCAAUGUCAUGAAAUAUGACAGCAGCGGAACUAGAAGGUCGUCGAUUUUAAUAUAUUAGACAUGCGAAAUUUUUGUUGGAUAUAUUUUCUUUAUUUUCGUUCAUUAAUUUGCAAAGUUAUGUUAUUAUAACAUCGUUAUUUACAUCGUCUAAGCAAAAAGGCACUAAGUCUUAAUUAGUCAAAAAUAUAUUAUUAUAAUGCAUAGUUAAUAAAUAUUUUAUUAUUAAUAAUUAUGUGACAAUUUCAAAAAUGUUAUAAUUUCUUUGGAAUGAGAAACUUGAAAUGUAAAAAAAAAGUAUUAUUUCACUUCUAUCGACUUCUUAUGGUAUGAAUUAUGUUGCUCACAAUAUAAUAUAUUUAAAAAUGUCUUCAAUAAGCUGAUUCCAUUUUUGGAUCACUCAAUGACAGCAUAGAUAGGUCAUGAUAACUAUUCAAUACGAGAAGAUAUCAUCACAUUGAGAAAAACUAUAAUUUAUUCUGAAUAUAGUGUACAGCACAUAAUUUCUGUAGAAAUCAAUUUUUUGUCGAGAUUUCGAUUGAGUUUUCAACAAAUAUAAAAUGCUUACUCACUCAAUUUAGUCAAGUGAUCAACGAAAACUUUAAGUAUGGACAAAAAAUACUUAAUUUUGAGUAUUAAAAUUAGUGUUACGCCACCUUAUUCUCGAAAAACUUCGAAAUUGCUUCGAAACUAAUGUCGAAAAUUUCGAAAUUUAACCCGAAAAUUUGAAAUCAAAAUCAAUGAUUUUAGCUACUUUUAAUCAUGAUUUGUCCUAAUCAACAUAAUCUUUGUAAUGUUUUAUAACUUUUAAAUAGUUUACACCACAACAAUGAGCUCAAAUAAGCAAUUUAUAAAGGAAAUAAUAAUUUAUGAAUUCAUUUACUAACACAUUUACAUGUUUUGUUUACUUUUGAUAUUUUUGUCGUGAAAUUUUUUAAAUUACAAAUUUUUACUUUUAUCCCCUUUUAUCAAAACAUUUUCAGCUCAAAAACAUUUGAAAAAUCUAAAAGAUAAUUUACUUCAAUGAACAUAAUAGUUUAAAGCUUUGAAAUAAGUAAAAUUAAAGGUUUUUUUGUAACGGUUAAAAUAAAUUUAAAAUUUUCAAAAAAAUCGGUAUAAACUCUGAAACUGCAAUUUUUGAGGUAUCGUAACACUGAUUAAAAUAUAAUUUCCAGACUACCGCCAUUCCGAAAAAGACCGUUAUUUUUUGAAAAAUGGACAAAAAAAAUUGGUAUGAUUCAAAAAAAAAAUGACCGUUUGAAUUCAAAAACAAAAUUACAGUUAAAAUCAUGGAAAACCAAAUUAGAUUAUUUAUUUAAACUUUGAUGCAAACAGCUCCUUUCGAUUUAAAAAACGUUUCUGAUGAGACAAAUUCAAUCUAAAAUUUAAAAAAUUCUUUAAAAAGUCUUCAAAUAUCAAAAUGCAGUGAUUAAAACUAGUUGAAAUUUCUUUCACUGCUGCUUUAAAGGAUGAUUUAAUUUGGGAUGCGGAGUGGUUUCUAUCAACUGAAUCACAUUAUCUAUAAAUAAAUUCAAUUUUGUAGCAAAAUGAAAGAAAUAUUGGAGAAGGUUUUAAAGGCAUUCGAAAUAAUGCUUUUCCAUCCUUUCGUUUGUUUUCACAAUUAAAGACUGCGCACUUGCUCAUUUUUGUAUUUAUUAAGUACUUUUUUAAGUGACUUUAUUGUUUAAUAUGUCUCAAGGAAUUUAUUUGUUUAAAUUAUGCAUAAAGGAAAAAAAAUAUAUGAACUAUUUCGAAAACUUCGAAAUUAAUUUCGAGGUUUUCGAAAAUGGAAUGGCGGUAGUCUGAUAAUUUCGAUCUUAAAAGAGAUUCGUUGGAUUAAAAUUUUAAAAUUUCAGUUCUUGUUUAACAAAAUUUGAAAUUUUGAAAAUCGUUAAAUUUUGAAUCUUUGAUAACCGCUAAUUUUCAUGAUCACGAAUUUUUUGAUUCAACAAAAAAUUACAUUUCAUAUCAUGGAAUGAUCCAAAAAUGCUGAAACAACAUCAUAAGACAAUAAUUUCACUAGUUUAUAUCAAAAAUAUCUCAACUUUCAAAUUUCUCAAUUCCACCAAUCUAUCAUUAUUAUUGCUGAGUAAAGUAAGCUCGUCAUCAUUAUGUCUAUUAUUAUCUUCAGUAUCUAGUAUAUAAAUAAACUCUUUGCAGGUCCUAAUAAUGCGAGUUAUAUAUAAAAAAUAGUUGUUAAUCUUUUUAGAAAUAGUUUCUUUUCAUCCACAAGAGUUAUAUGAAAUGGCACUUGUAUUAAUAACAUGAAAUUUUCCGUGAUUCUCAAAGAUCUGUAAUAGGCCCCGAUGUCGAUAAUGUAACUUGCGUUGCUUUUACACUUUUUGGAGGUGACAAUAAUUUAGUAACCGUUUGCGUUGUCGUUACACUUCCAUUUUUUGGCUGAGAAUGCUCAAUGGUGCUUAUCUUUCGCUUGACAUCACCACCAUUUAUUUGGAUCUGAAGUUGGUGCUGUUGAGGCUGAUGAAAUUCUGAUUGCAAUGAAUUUUUAUUAGCGCUAUUAUUUGUAUUAUUUUUUGUUGUGGGAUGAUGAUGUGUGUUAGUUUGCUGGGAUGGAGAUUUUAAUGAUGUUACCAUAUGUUCUAGACUACAAUCAAAGGGUAUUGAAUCAGGGAUGCAAGCCAUGGGAUAUUAAAAGCAUACAUUAAGUUUUUUGUUUGUUUUUUUGUUAAUCAUUCCACCAAUGUUUGUUAAUUAUUUUGAAUGUGUGUGUGUUUGUAUGACGAACAAAAAAUGUAAAUAAUAAUUUCAAGGAGGGUAACCCAAUUAAUCGUAUGGGAGGAUACGAAGUAGAAUGAAAAAAAGAAGAGAUAAUGGUGAUAAAGUUAGUAUGACUACAUUUAUACCAAAAAUAAAUAAUAGAAUGAUGAUGAGAAACUAUACAUACGCUAUAAUUCUACUCUCUGCGUGCUUCUUGCUUGCAAUAGCAUCUUGCAAAUCUCGUCUUAACUUAAGCGUGUCCUUUUCUAAUUGAAUUACGUGCGAUUUAUCAAAAGAAUCUUCAUCAUUUUCAUUCAACGAUGUAUCGUGUCGUUUUGGCGGUGAUGGAUGUCGAUGUUGAUGGAAAUUUGAUGGCUGAUCAUCAAAUUGGAAAUUAUCACCUGUACUAUUAAUUACACCAUAAUUUAAGCUCAAAUUACUAUUUCGUUUAGUUUGAUCAUUAAUGGCAAGAUUGGAAUUAUUUGGCGGUGUUGUAAAAUGUGAGUAUUGUUGGAAUGGAUUAUUGUUUACACCUAGGAAUGCUUUCAUCGUUCUCACUUCGUCCUCCAGCUUUAAAAGUCUUUCGUUCGUUGUUUGACGUUCCAAUUUAACAUUGUGCAAGUGAACCUUAAAUGGGAGGAAAAUUCGUGUCAUUAUUAACGGUACUUUAAUAUUUGAACUUUAGCGGUUAUUUAACAUUUGAACUUUAAUUUCAAAAUUAGAACUGACGUUUGCGUUAAUUAGCAGGAGACGCAACAAAAAAUUGUCAUUUUAACAAACAGCAUGUCAUAAAGUAAACAAAACGGUUUGUUUAAGUGAAAUUUUCGCAUUAUAGAAAUGUCAAGAAAGAAAUGAUAUUUUAGUCAUCUUAAUUUUCUUACUUUUACUUCUUCGAGCUCACGCAAUACUCUCAUGUUUGUCUCAUUAUGCGACCAUGACUUUUCUUCAAUUAAGGCUUUCACACGAUUCAUUAGCGACUCAUCUCGAACUCUUCCCGCGUCUCGUACCUCUCGAAUUAAGUCAGUGACGAUACCAGGCGUGUAAUUUCCACCUAAGAAACGAAGAAAUGUAGGAGAAAUGUCAUAGAAGUAAAAAAUAAUUGUCUAUAUUCACUGCUGCAUGUCACAAUCUGUCUGUUAUCCAAAAGAUAGCAAAAAAAAAGCUAUUAAUAAUUACCUUGCGAAUGGUAUGUGGGUGCUGGACUUGCGAUUCCAGCAGCAUAACCAAAUGGUUGACUAUGAACACUCAAGCCACUCACGCUAUCUCUACGGUGUCUCAAAUUCCAACUUGGUGAAUAUUUUAGUGCUUCCAUUUCAACUAAUAUACAAAUGGAUUUCUUAUAUCAUUUUAAGGCGAAUUAUUUUGAUAUUAUAUUAUUAUUGAGAAAAACAAUCAUAAAAAAUGAAUUUUAAAUUAAUUUUUGCGAAACUGCACACACAAAGAGAGAGACUGAAGGAAAUAAACACACAACUAAUUUGCCACUUUUCUACAAAGAAACUAAUAGUAUUCAGCAACGGUAACGCAAAAAUCAGAGAAUACUUCACAAUCAAAUACACAAGAAUUGACCCGAGCGGCACAAGCAACUAAUAGUAUCCAACAUUCAGCUUAAAACAUGACUAAAAGAACUUUUAGUCAAAACUGCUGUUGGAAAAUUUUUUGUUGGCCUAUUAACGGCUAGUUUCAACAAGUGCAGCUCGGAUCAAAGACUUUUGGAUGUAAAACUAACACAAAAAAAUUUGAAUAUUAUGAAAAAUCACCCACAUACCUUUUGUCUCAUGUAAACUUCGAAAUAAUUUGGAAUUUGUUUCGUGUAAAAGGUGGAUUUGCUUGAGUAACGUUCGGAAAAUAUUUCGAUUGUUCAAGUCAUUGCUACUUGCACCAUUUUCUAAUUUCUGUUGCUUGUCAUUAUCCUCAUCCGUUUGUCCUUCCUCGUCUAAAUCAUCUUCCGCACUAGAUUCAUUUGGACGUGUGCUAUUCAUAUUACUAUGAGGUGUGUCGUCGAUCAGUAAAUCAUUAAAAC